AUGACAUCGCCAGAGAAAUUUAUUUGUGAUUUCCCAGACUGCAAUGCAAGUUAUCAACGGAAGGAGCACCUCAGUCGCCACCAGGCGCAACAUAUCCAGCUCCAGUCUUUCCAAUGUUCACUUUGUAAUCGGGCAUUCGGACGGAAUGACACCCUCCGUCGACACAUGCGGCGAAUCCAUGCAGUUGAUGAGACCGCGCCUCGUCCAGGACACGCCUGUUCGAAUUGCCGGAAUAUGAAGAUUCGCUGUGAGGGAGGGCCGCCAUGCCAUGAAUGUCUGUACCGGAGUAUUUCAUGUUCCCUGAACGAAUCACAAGAUAUAGGCCGUCGUGAUUCUCCCGACAAACCAGCACUGUCAUCACAGGACACAUCAUCCUCACCACCCGAGACGCAAAAAGAUCGAUUCUUCGUCAGACUCUACUUUGAACGAUUUCACCCUUAUUGGCCAUUUGUUCAUAUCGGGUCGUUCAAUCAGUACUACGAAACCCCUUUACUUGUGCAAUCGAUGAUGGUCAUCGGGAUGUGGGCAAAUGGGGGGCAAAGUUCGCAGUCCGCAGCAAUUGACCUCCACAAUACGCUGGGUUUGGCAAUAUAUCAACAGAGAGGGGCAUGGGACGUCUCUACCGCAGAGGAGGCAUGUAGUUCCUGCGCUUGGCCGAUUCCGACAUACCAGGCAAUUCUGCUACACAUAAUAUUCGCUUUAAUACAUAAGGGCCGAGAUUCGUUGGGGUUUGACCUGAAGCCUUCUCUCCCGCCUUCUGACAUGGAGCUCCUCGAGUGUCUCGUUGUUAGUUGUAAACGACUAGGCAUGCUUUCUUAUCCAAACAUACUUGCCCGGUAUACCCCGGAAGAACUUGCUUCAUAUGUCUGGAUCAGCAUUGAAGAGAUCAAACGGUUCAAUCUGACCUUGUACAAAGUUUACAAUAUGGUGAGCAGACCAGCAGCCAGGAGGCUCACUACAAACGACCUGAAGUUCCCAAUACCGAAGAACGAUCCCUUGUGGAACGCGGUAAGCAAAGAAGAAUGGUUGUCUGCUAGCCCUAGAGAUUUGAACAAUUUUAGCUCAGAUGACGUUCUGGAGAACGAAUGGAUCUCCAACUCAGCAAAACUUCUAGACUUAAUUGGUUUUUAG